CACAAAGCACCAAAGCUUCACUUCACUGGAUGCUAUCCAUUUCUUUCCCCAACUUUUCUCCAUUUUCCCUUUUAUUAUUUUCUCGACAAAUCAUUCGAAGCAUUGCCUAACUACAACAAUUGAAAGGAAACAAAACCUUGCCUAUGGCUUUCACUUCCGUCUCUCCAUUGUCCGUUAAAUUCCUCACCAUUUCUACUCCAUCUUCAAGGUCUCCAUACCAUCACGCCUCUCACUCUAGGCCUUGUCACAUAGUUUGUGGAUUACACACACAAAGAGAAGACCAAUUUCAUGAUUGCUACACAACUAGGUACAAGGUAGAUGUUUCAAAAUCCAAGAACUGGAGAACUAUAGUUUCAACUGCUUUGGCGGCUGCAGUUGUUAGCUUUAGCUCUGGUUUGCCUGCUGUUGCUGAUCUAAACAAGUAUGAAGCUGAGACGCGUGGUGAAUUUGGUAUUGGAUCAGCAGCUCAGUUCGGCUCUGCAGACCUCAGGAAAGCAGUGCAUGUGAAUGAAAACUUCAGAAGAGCCAAUUUCACAGCUGCUGAUAUGAGAGAAUCUGAUUUUAGUGGUUCAACGUUCAAUGGUGCAUACUUGGAGAAAGCAGUUGCAUACAGAGCAAAUUUUACAGGUGCUGAUUUGAGCGACACCUUGAUGGACCGAAUGGUUCUGAACGAGGCCAACCUCACAAAUGCUGUGCUUGUUAGAACGGUUCUGACUCGGAGUGAUCUUGGAGGUGCCAUAAUUGAAGGUGCUGACUUCAGUGAUGCUGUUUUGGACCUUCCCCAGAAGCAGGCUCUUUGUAAGUAUGCAAAUGGAACAAAUCCAAUAACUGGAGUAAGCACCAGAAAAAGCUUAGGUUGCGGAAACAGCAGAAGAAAUGCGUAUGGUAGCCCAUCUUCUCCUCUUAUAAGUGCUCCGCCACAGAAACUGCUAGAUCGUGAUGGCUUCUGCGAUGAACGCACUGGACUCUGCGAUGCCAAGUGACCCAUUUUAUUUAAUCUCUGCAAAACCUUCCCAUGCAUAUCUAUCUAUGUAAAUAUUGUUUUUACCCAUCAAACCAAGUUGUGCAAAUUAAAUCGCUACUACUAAAAAGUUUGACAAAGGAAAAAUUACAACUAUCUGUGUAA